AUGGGAAUUAAGUCAUCAAAAGUUCAAUCAAAUAAUAACAAUGUCAAAGAUGGAGAUGACACUACAACAACAACUGAUGCAACAGGUCAAGUGGAUAAUGUUGAUUCGGCACUGCAUAGAUUACCAAUUAAUAUACAACAGAUUAUUGUACAAUAUGUUUGGAUAUAUCGUGGAGAGUACCCUUCUAGAUGGUUGAUACCAAUGAGUUUAGUUUGUAGACGUUGGUUUAAAUUCAUUGGAUCAAUGGUGGACCAGACAUAUACAUUGUACGAUGAUGCCUGUCCCAAUGACCAUCACCUCACCAAGUAUGUCAAGCAUCUGUCCAAUCCACGUUGUUUGUGGAACCACGUCCGCAAGGUCAUCUGCAUCGUUCAUUCUGACAAGCAGCUGGCCCGACUGCGUCGCCAUCUCACCUCAAAGAGCACACAGACCAUCUUGCACAGCGUUCAGAACAUGCGCAUCGAGACCUCAAUGGAUCUGUUUGAAAAGGUCAUCGACACUAUAUCUCUGGCACAGUGGUCAUCGGACAUUGUGAUUCGAAUCGAUCUCUUGGAUGUGAUUGACAUCAUGCCAAUUGAUCUGGGUGUCUUGGCGACGGUGUGCGCCCAACUGCCACACACUAUCGAGGUCAUUGGCAGUCACUCGUUAUCCACACCCCACAACUCUAUACAAUUCCCAGCGAACCUCUCUUUGGUGGACCUCCACGUGGACCUUCGAGCAGACAUCAGUUCAUUCAUCGACACCUGCGCGUCCACACUCCUGUCCAACAUCAAGAUCUUCAAUAUUACAUUCCACGACAUUGAGAUUGAUCUGAUGCCACUACUGCGGCUUGACACACUGGUGUCAGUCUCGCUGUGCACUCCGUCCGACCUAGCAGUACCUCCCAACGUCAUGAACUAUCUGCAGCAGAUGCCAGAGAGCAUCACUCGUCUCUACUUGGCUGUGUGGACAGUGGACGAUGCGCUCAAAGGUAUCAUCGAGCAUCUCAAGUGCACAACGUUGUGUCUAUCAUUCCGCCGAGUGACAUGUCAGCCCGACAUCCAGCUGCCUCAAUGCAUUCAAAACUUCUCGUUUUCCAAUGGCAGUAUGACACCGAAUCCGGACUGCAAUCCAGACGUGCGAUGGCUCCGACUUCAUGACAAUGGACGCAAUCUACGCAGUCUGAGCUUGAGUGGAGUGAUCGGUCAUCUGAUUGGACUGGAUGACAUACUGGCGGACAGUGGCUGCACGCUGACCAAGUUGAAGAUCAGUCUUCACUCGACAAACAUCGGCUUCACUCCACAAUUCUUUGAGCGAUUGACUGGCUGUGCCACACUGCAACACUUCAUACUGGAUAGCAGUGCCGACAUUGAUGUUCAGAUGGUCAAUCAAUUCAUUCAACGAUUGGGUUCAGACUACCAAGUGGCACCACUUCUGACUUACAUCGAGAUCAAUCUGUAUGAUCUGCGGAAGGGAUCAUUCCCCAAACAACUCACAAGGUAUCGAACACUAGAGUACCAAUGUGGCUAUGGCAAAGGCAUCAAGUUGUUCAUGAACUAUCCAACUCUCCCUUCUUCCUCCUAUUCUUAUACAACUCCAGUAUCACAACAUCAGAUUGUGAUA